GUGAAUGGCAGCGAUGGAAUGUUCAAAUAUGAGGAGAUUGUCUUGGAAAGGGGUAACUCCGGCCUUGGCUUCAGCAUAGCAGGAGGAAUCGACAACCCCCACGUUCCAGAUGACCCCGGUAUCUUCAUCACUAAAAUCAUCCCUGGGGGAGCAGCAGCCAUGGAUGGCCGUCUUGGGGUGAAUGACUGUGUGCUGCGGGUGAACGACGUGGACGUCUCUGAGGUGGUACACAGCAAAGCCGUGGAAGCCCUGAAGGAAGCAGGCCCCGUGGUGCGGCUCGUGGUGCGCCGCCGGCAGCCCCCACCAGAGACCAUCAUGGAGGUCAACCUGAUGAAGGGCCCCAAAGGCCUGGGGUUCAGCAUCGCAGGGGGCAUUGGGAACCAGCACAUCCCUGGGGACAACAGCAUCUACAUCACCAAGAUCAUCGAGGGAGGUGCUGCCCAGAAGGACGGGCGCCUGCAAAUUGGGGACCGGCUGCUCGCGGUGAACAACACAAAUCUGCAGGACGUGCGGCAUGAGGAGGCAGUGGCUGCCCUGAAGAACACCUCUGACAUGGUGUACCUGAAAGUGGCCAAGCCUGGCAACAUCCACCUCAACGACAUGUACGCGCCCCCCGACUACGCCAGCACCUUCUCAGCCUUGGCUGACAACCACAUAAGCCAUAACUCCAGUCUGGGCUACCUGGGCAGCGUUGAGAACAAGCCUGCCUACCCUGUCCCUCCCCAGGUGACUCCAUCCCGGUACUCACCCAUCCCUCGGCACAUGAUUGGGGAUGAGGACUUUACCAGGGAGCCCCGGAAGAUCAUUCUGCACAAAGGCUCCACCGGUCUGGGCUUCAACAUCGUUGGAGGGGAAGAUGGUGAGGGGAUCUUUGUGUCCUUCAUCCUCGCCGGAGGCCCUGCUGACCUCAGCGGGGAGCUGCGGAGAGGAGACCGCAUUCUCUCG